CGACCGGGCAGUGGGUGACGGCUGCGGAGUGGUGCUCUUCGCGGACACCGACACCGGCUGCCGUCUGGGCGCCAGCGCCAAGGGCGAGCGCGGGAUGCCUGCUGAGGAGGUGGGCGAGCGGGGGGCGGCGGAGCUGGCGGAGGCACUCAGCAGUGGGACGUGCGUGGACCAGUGGAUGCAAGACCAGCUGGUCAUCUGGAUGGCCCUGGCGGCCGGCGUCUCCCGCAUGCGCUGCUCCGAGCCCACCCUGCACACGCGGACAGCCAUGGUGGUGGCGGAGGCGCUGCUGCCGGGCGUCAAGUUCGUGCUGCGGCGACCCACGGGUCACCCUGCUGCCAGCACCGCAGCCGCCGGCGCCGAUGCCAGCGGGAAAGACGCUGCCGGCUUGCCAACGAGGAUUGAAGGCAAAGGUGCAGCGGCCGAUGG